GGACGGGCGGAGUUAGUCGGCUGGUGUUUAUCGAGACCUGCCUGGUUAUAUAAAUAGGUGAAGAGGGGCAGCAAGAACCUCUUGCACUUUCUUGUAGAGCGCGACGCACCGGCCAGUCUUCGCCGAGCGCCAUGGCUCGACACCCGUACCUGUGUCUGGGGGUGCUCCUACUCGCCUAUACUGUAAUCAAUGCAACGCGAGUGAAACGUCAGGAGGACGAUGGUGGAGAUGAGUUGACUCCUGAACAGCUUUGCGAUGGCCGCCCUGCCGAUGAAUACUUCAGAUUAACCACCGAAGGUGACUGCCGUGAUGUAGUCAGGUGUGACCAAGGAGGUGAAAAUAGCGUCACCAGGCUCGCUUCAGUGCGCUGCCCCGGCGGACUGGCGUUCGAUAUCGACCGUCAAACCUGUGAUUGGAAAACUCAUGUUAAGAAUUGCGAUAAAAUAGAAAAGCCUAGAAAAAUUAUGCCUAUUUUGAAGACCGACGAACCUAUUUGCCCUGAAGGCAAACUUGCGUGCGGUAGCGGCGAUUGCAUUGAAAAAGAACUAUUUUGCAACGGAAAACCUGACUGCAAAGACGAGUCUGAUGAGAAUGCUUGUACUGUCGAAUUAGACCCCAAUAGAGCUCCAGACUGCGACACCAACCAGUGCAGACUACCUGACUGCUUCUGCUCCGCUGACGGUACUCGCAUACCCGGUGGAAUUGAACCAAACCAAGUACCACAAAUGGUAACGAUUACAUUCAACGGCGCCGUCAACGUGGACAACAUUGAUUUGUAUGAACAAAUAUUUAAUGGAAACCUUCAUAAUCCUAAUGGCUGCCAAAUUCGUGGUACCUUCUUUGUUUCGCACAAGUAUACUAACUACGCAGCCGUGCAAGAAUUACAUCGCAAAGGACAUGAAAUCUCAGUUUUCUCGUUAACACACAAAGAUGAUCCACAAUACUGGUCCAGUGGAAGUUACGAUGACUGGUUAGCUGAAAUGGCUGGAGGGCGUCUUAUUAUUGAACGUUUUGCAAACAUCACUGAUGCCUCUAUUAUUGGUGUUAGAGCACCCUACUUGAGAGUUGGUGGUAACAAGCAAUUCGAAAUGAUGGCUGAUCAGUACUUCGUGUAUGAUGCUUCCAUAACUGCUCCAUUAGGCCGUGUUCCCAUUUGGCCCUACACGCUGUAUUUCCGUAUGCCACACAAAUGUAACGGCAAUGCUCACAACUGUCCAUCCAGAAGUCAUCCAGUAUGGGAAAUGGUGAUGAAUGAACUUGACCGAAGAGAUGAUCCCACAUUUGAUGAAUCUCUACCAGGUUGUCACGUAGUGGAUUCUUGCUCAAACAUCCAAACUGGCGAACAGUUCGGGAGACUUCUGCGUCAUAACUUCAACCGCCACUACACAACCAACCGUGCCCCACUAGGUCUACACUUCCACGCCUCAUGGCUUAAAUCUAAGAAGGAAUUCAGAGAUGAGCUCAUCAAGUUCAUUGAAGAAAUGUUGGAGAAGAACGAUGUAUAUUUCACUUCUCUCAUUCAAGUUAUCCAGUGGAUGCAGAAUCCUACUGAACUUUCACAGCUCAGAGAUUUCCAAGAAUGGAAACAAGACAAGUGUGACGUCAAAGGUCAACCUUUCUGCUCAUUGCCAAACGCAUGUCCAUUAACCACUCGGGAGUUACCAGGAGAGACACUACGUCUUUUCACUUGCAUGGAAUGCCCCAACAACUACCCAUGGAUAUUAGAUCCCACGGGAGAGGGAUUCAACGUGAGGAAGUGAUCUCUAUAAAUAAAAUUUAAAAGACUGUACACAUGUAAAUAAUACUCAAUUAUAUUAAUAGAUACCUACAAUUAUUGUGACUGUGUGGCAGGGACAACCGAAGUCAACUUAAGUAAUUUGUUAAAGUUUGAUUAUUUGUUUUUAUUUAAGCCGUAAAUGAAAUACCUACUUGAAGUUGAUAUUUGGACUAUACCUACUUUAAAUAUUUUGCCGCCACUUCACAUUUCACACAAAGAUAGUUAAUAAUCUAAAUGUUUCAGUAUGUAUAUUAGAUUAUUAUAAUCUUAUGGACAAAAAUUAAAUAAGUAUAAAUUGGAAAA